ACUGUAAUGAUUAGAAUUUGAACAAGUUCUUUGCCUGUGUCGUGUCAGCUAAACCUGCGUAUGUUGUGUAGUAGUCACAGCAGUGUCAGGAGGUUCUCAACAGCACAGCGCCAUUGUGCCCCAGUCAGUCUCAGUUAAGUUUUGUUUUCUAUGAUGCUCUUAGAAGUUAAGGACUUCAACUGAGAGCAGAGUAACCUAUUUAAUUUAAGCAAUCCUAAAUGAGUUGUGCUGCAGCCUUCAGGCAUCUUCUAACCAUCAUACAGAUGUUUUUAACCUGCUGCAAAAACUAAAGGGUUUCAUUCCAAAUGACGACAGACCUGUUCUUUUAGAAUGGGACAAGCAGAAUGUUUGGCAGCAAAAUCUAAAAAAUAUGUAUGUAUAUUUCAGAAAUGAUACUGAAAUCAUAUGUAGCCACUGUAUUGUCACGCCUGGAAUACCAUUUAUGGCAGCUUACAACAUACUGACAGAGGAGCUCCCUGUGUUAGCAUGCUGACAAACUUGAUUUUUGCCCUCACCCACAAUGAGUUUGCUCCACUAUUACCGGAAUAAAUCCAAGCAACAGAGUGAAAACAUUCACUUCAGGUGUUUCAGCAGGCUGAGGUAUGGGCUCUGGCCAGAGCAGCGACAAGUUCCACUGUAACCGCUAUCUGAACGGGCAGGGUCCUCCAUCACUAGUACAACAAGCUAAUGAAGGGGUGAAUGGGAUGCACAGAGCACUGAAUGGCUGCCAGCCAGAGGGCCAGAUGACCUGGGUGAUCCUCCACAGAGACCUGCCAGGAUUCCCUGAUGACAACACCCUUCAGAUGAACUACGUAUUCCCCGAUGGAAUGCAGACAGAGAAACACCCUCACCCUGGCCAGCCUUAUAAAGGGCUUCGGCUCUGUGCUUACCUGCCUGACAACCGUGAGGGCAGGAGGGUUCUGAAGCUGCUGGACAAGGCCUUCAACCAGCAGCUCCUGUUUUCUGUUGCCACCAAUAAAGAUGGAAAGGACAUGGUCACAACAGCUUCCAUCCCCCUAAAAACACAACCAGACGGGGGGAGCAAAGUCCAUUCAGAGACCCCACAACAACAUCCAAAGAACUGCAGGUCUCACUUGCCUCAGUUAAGUGAUAGCUACCCAGACUCUGACUACCUGAAGAUUGUGAGAAAGCUACUGAAGGAUAAAGGCAUUGAAUAACAGAUGACACACACUGCUGGCCAGAUGAAGGCAAAGACUUAAAACUACAGUAAUCUCUGAAUGGCCAGAGAACCUGUGCCAUAAAUAACUAGGAAACGUAUCUUGUAAAAUAUUAUCUGAUUCUUAUUGUUGUUAAUGUCUAAUGUUUAAUCUUGAAAUAUAUUUAUUAUAACAUGUAUUAACUCCAACUUUUGGUGGUGUCUUAUGUGCAAUAACAACUCCUUGUGUAAAGCAAUUAUUGUAUCAUUACAAAAAUUACUUAUUAAACUAGAAUAUGGAGUCAU